GGGUCUAAACAUUUAAGGAAAAUAAAAACAAAACCUCUGAGGAAAAUAAAGCGCAACAGAGAAGACGAAGACGAAGACGAAGCAAGUAUGAGUAGUGUUGUCUCAAUCAAAUCCGAUGAUAAAAAGGAAGAGAAGCCAGGAGCUGCCAUGUUACCACAACCUCCCAAACCAACCGCUUCUUCCAUGGAAACGCAAUCCGGUAAAACAAAAUCGCGGCGGAAACGCAACUGCAAAAUCUGCGUCUGUUUCAGCAUCCUCCUCUUCCUCCUCAUCUGUAUAAUCAUCAUCAUCUUAGCUUUCACUCUCUUCAAACCAAAACGCCCCGUCACAACCAUGGAUUCCAUCUCCGUCGAACGUCUUCGAGCCUCCGUCAACCCACUCCUCCUCAAAGUCUUUUUAAACCUAACGCUAAACGUCGAUCUCUCGCUUAAAAACCCUAACCGGGUCGGGUUCAGCUACGAUUCGUCUUCGGCGCUGCUUAACUACAGAGGCCAGCUGAUCGGUGAAGCUCCGCUCCCGGCGAGCCGAGUCGCGCCGCGGAAAACGCAUCUUUUGAAUCUGACGCUGACGCUAAUGGCGGAUCGGUUGUUAUCUGAGUCGGAGCUUUUGUCUGAUGUCAUGGCUGGCGUCAUACCGCUCAACGCGUUUGUUAAAGUCUCUGGUAAAGUAAGCGUUCUCAAAAUCUUCAAGAUUAAGGUUCAGUCGUCUUCUUCGUGUGAUCUCAUCGUCUCUGUUUCGGGUCGUAAUGUCACGAGUCAGAACUGUAAAUAUUCAACUAAGUUAUAAACAACAGAUCUUGUAGUAGAUCUACAAACUUACACUUUGUCUUCUUGUUUUGUCUUUUUUUUUUUUUUUGGUAUUUUAAAUUUGGUACACUAUCAUUAUGUAUGUAUUAUUUGCUCUAAUCAAUAGAGAUUGGCUUUUGCUUUUUUAAUAA